AUGGAUGGAGUUGCAAGCACAGACUUAAGUAACCAGUGGAUGGAGGCAGCCCUGAACCAAGCCAAAGAUGCACUGGAGUCAGGUGAGGUACCUGUUGGCUGCAUCUUUGUCUACAAGGGUUCAAUCUUAGCCUCUGGCCGCAACACAGUCAAUGAAACUCACAACGCCACCAGACAUGCCGAGAUGAACUGUGUUGACCAAGUUCUGAAUUGGUGUCAAGAUAAGAAGCUCAAUCACAGACAAGUUUUCCCAGAGAUUAGUAUUUAUGUCACUGUAGAACCUUGUGGUAUGUGUGCCGACGCAUUAGGGCAGCUUGAAAUUAAAGAGAUCGUGUUUGGCUGCUCAAAUGACAGAUUUGGGGGUUGCGGCUCUGUUGUCAAUGUCCCUAAAAUGUAUAAUUAUCCAUUUAAUAUCAAAAAAGGCAUUAGAGCUGAUGAAGCCAUUGGACUAUUGAAGGAUUUCUACAAAGGUGAAAAUCCAAAUGCUCCGUCUGACAAAGCAAAGCGCAAGAAAAGUCAGUAAUAGGCCAAGCUUUGUAAAUAACUUGGUGAAUUGGAUUAGAAUUAUAUUCAGACAUAAAAUGGUUCAUGUUAUGAUGUAAUUCUAAUGUGCAGAGAUUCAAGUAACUAUUAUCAAUUCCAUUUACAUUAUAAAGUAAAGACAAAAGUUUUCUUGUUUUUUUUAUAUUACUUAAAAGAUAAAAAAAAAAAAAAAAAAUAGAUAUACUUUGUGACCAUUAUUGAUAAAGUCAGACUCUUAAAUUAACAGCAAGAUGAUAAAAGAUAAAAAAAAAUAAAAAAUUAAAAUAAAAUAAAAAAUUACACAGGCUCUGAAGUGAAAAGUCUUCAUAAAAUUUGUUCUGGUUGAUUUUUACAAAUGAAAUGUGCUGCAUGUGGUCUGACAAAAGAUUUAACCCAUCUUGAUUAUCAGGUUCUUUAUUUGUAAGCAAUAAACAGAAUUUUGUAUCUUAAUUUAAUAUUUGAUAAAGAAUUUUGUAGAGACAAUUAAAUGUCAUUACCAUUUUGACCCAGCAUCUGUCAAAUUAUGAAGAGAAAAUAUUAGUUUCAAGUGCUAUUUUAGCAAAGUUUGUGAUUAACGUGUUAAUGCUGCACUUUGUUGUUAUUGUUUGACUUGUUUUACAAAAUCAAUUAUAGUUUGGUGUGUGUGUGUACACCUUCCAAAGAAAUUUAUUUUUUUACUUUCUUUAAUAUUUCAAUACACAAUAGUACAAGCACCAACUGCUCAGAAGGAUAAGUGUUCUUCAGAAAAAUAUAAAUAAAAAACUGCAAGUUA